AUGUCGGACUCCCCACUCUCUCGUCCUCACGGAGGCCGUCCCCUGAAAGUUAUCAUUGUGGGAGGUGGGAUUGCUGGAUUAACCCUGGCAAGCGCCCUUGAAAAGGCCCCUGUCCCGAUCGAAUAUGUGAUUCUGGAAGCUGGAGACACCAUUGCACCUCAAGUAGGAGCUGGCAUUGCUCUUGCUCCAGGCGGGUGUCGGAUUCUCGACCAAUUGGGUGUAUAUGAUGAUCUAGAACAGCUGGUUUAUCCAGUGCAAAGCAGUGGUGUCUCUGAUAGACAGGGAAAACAAUUACUACCUGAGCGCAGUGACACCGCAUUGGUUGUUACUGCCCGCAUGUCAUACCCGUUAGGAUGGGUUGAGCGCCGUAGUGUCUUGCAAGCGUUGUUUAAAUACAUCUCCCGCAAAAGCUGUGUGUUGACAAGCAAGCGAAUGGAUCGAAUUGAACACUCUCUUGAUCAAGAGAAGCCUGUCAAGGUCAUCUGCACUGACGGCUCGUGCUAUGAGGGUGAUCUGGUUGUGGGGGCCGAUGGAGUUCACAGCAAAACGCGCUCGGAGAUGUGGAAAGCUGUCGAGCAAAAUAUCUGUGGCAAUUUUGAUGUGCAGAAGGAACGUCGCACCAUGACAGCUGAAUACCAGUGCAUGUUUGGUAUUUCUACCCCCAUUCCGGGACUGGACCCUGGUAUGACGGACGACACGUUUGCAAAAGAUGUUUCAAUGGUAGUUGCUAGUGGCAAGGGCGGAAAGAUCUUUUGGUUUCUGUUCAAGCGUAUGCCAUGGUUAUACCAGAGUCAGGAGAUCCCACGAUUCGAUACUACUGACGCAUCAAGAUUUGCAGAGCAAUAUUUCGAUUUGCCUGUCCGACCUGGUGUGAAUGGUGUUACUCUGCAAGAUCUCUGGAAGAGGCGCGAGACUGUAACACUGGUCCCUCUCGAGGAGGCCGAUUUUGCGCAUUGGACGGCUGGUCGCAUCGCUUGUCUUGGUGACAGUGCUCACAAGAUGACACCCCAUACUGGAACCGGGGGCAUGCUUGCUAUUGAGCAUGCCGCAGUGCUGGCCAACAUAGCCUAUCAAUUGGCAGUCAAGGGAAACAAAUCAUCGCUCACAACAUCUCAAAUUGAAACGGCACUGAGUAAAUAUGACGACGAAAGAGCACACCGUCGCACCUCCGCGAAAAUCAAGACUACUGGGGAGGUUGCUCGCAUGCAGACCCUACAGACUGUUGUGCAUCGGCUUGUUGUUCGUUUCCUUUUACCUUACCUUGGUGACAUCCGCGCUGAUCAAUUUUGCGAUGAUGCCGUUGGUGCAGAGCAUAUUGACUACAUCCCCAUUCCAGUGCGCUCUAUGACGGGAUUAAUGCCCUUUGAUCCCACUCGUGGUAUCGGUAUGCAAAAGAGUUUAUGGCCACGCGUCUUGUGGGCAAUUCCACUGCUCAUCAUGGCAGUGGCCGGGUUUUUGUCCAUGUUCUCUGUCGCGCCGAUUGAAGAUGUCUAUGACACCCUUGCACAUCUUACCUACCGUGAGGUGGCAAUCCAAGAUAAGUUCUACAACGUUAGUUUCCUCGAUGAUUUUUCGAGAUCUGGAGUCUUGCGCUUCAUUGUUAGCGAAGCGCACUUCUUUUACCAGUCUUUCUCCCUGUUUGCCGACUACGGUGUUUGGUAUGGCAUUAUGUUAAUUGAGUCUGCGCGGAGAGCUCACCGACUCAACAUCCUCAGUUGUGCCAUUCUGUGGGGGAUGCUCAAUAUGUGGGGAAUCGGGAUUUUUGUUCCCGUUUACUACUUCGCUUACUACAUCCUCACGCCCACUUCCACCUUUGACGCAUUCGACAGACGCCUGACGGAUCUCUCGUAUACGAAAUCCAUCCUCCCAGUGCUGCUGGCUACCCACUAUGCCACUUUCAUCGACGCGUAUUUCUCUCCGGUGAUGGCCCACCGCCAGGGUGCUGGCUACUUGUGGGAGCUGUUCCCUGUCUGGCUAUGCCUCGCACAGGCAGGGCUAGCUCGAUUCAUCCUGCCGAGCACGCUGAAGCAAGACCGACUAGAUAAUGUCACACGCGAUCUACCCACUAUCAGAACGAUCAUUCUCGGGCUUUGCGCCGUUUCGACUGCAGUCUGGCAGUAUACCAUCUGGUGCAGCGGGGAAUCGCUGGUAAAUAUUUUCGUACCCAUCUUUGGUAGUGUUGAGGGCCACACUUUCGAACAGCUGUUUGCUGAGUUCUUGAAAUGGGACCAAGUAUUCUUCGCUAUUCCGAAUGUGUUUUGGAUCGGGCUGCUGUUUGCGGAUCUUCGUGCCGCUGGCUUGAUUCAUACAGGUUGGCUCAAAAUAAUAUUGUCUGCCCUGGGCUUGACUAUUAUUGGUGGGAAUGGGACGAUGCUCGGGAUGAUGUGGCUGUAUAGGGAAGAGAUUCUGGCUACGAGGAGGCAUCGGACCGCUGUUGUCCAAAAGUCAGACUAA